UUUUAAAAAACAAAAAUCAUCAAAGACAUCUUGUCAUAAAAUUUUUCUUUAACCACUUUUUACAUCAAAGAGAAAACAUAUCUCAAAGAUGGCUUGUCCAUUAUCAGACGAUAUUGCGCAAGAUCAUGAUCAAGACAAGGACAAAUUAAAUCAAGGACCAGUGAAGCUGUACGGCGAAUAUUUGUGUUUAGACAAGAUCUUGUCUGCACAAAGACUUCUCAGUACUGAGUAUAGCGAUGAGGUUCACGAUGAACAUCUCUUUAUUGUCACUCAUCAAGCCUACGAGCUUUGGUUCAAACAAAUUAUUUUCGAGGUUGAUUCCGUCAGGACGCUCUUCAGUUCCGAAUCCAAUAAUUAUGAUGCAUCCAAUAAAUCUUCCAGUAAUCACUCGACUGCCAAACAGGAUAAUGGAGUUUCUCAUAUUUUGAACGAAUCGAAAACUCUGGAGAUUCUGAAGCGAUUAAGUCGCAUUGUACUCAUCCUAAAACUAUUAGUGGAUCAAGUGACAAUUUUGGAAACAAUGACACCGUUGGAUUUCAUGGCAUUUCGAGAUUACUUGUGUCCAGCGUCAGGUUUCCAAUCAUUGCAAUUCCGUUUAUUGGAGAACAAACUGGGCGUGAAACAAGAGCAUAGAGUCAAAAAUCAGAGUUACAGAAGGGUCUUCGGGAGUGAUCCUAAAGCUAUCGAGGCAAUUGAGCGGUCAGAAAAGGAGCAUAGUCUCAGUAUUUUGGUUCAAAGAUGGUUAAGUAGAACACCAGGACUUGAGACUCAUGAUUUCGAUUUUUGGGGAAAGUACAAACGAUCGGUGGAGAAGAUGCUGACCGAACAAGAACAAGCCGCACACAAACAACCAAAGAAGCAAAUCAAAGACUAUUUAUUGGCUAAUAUGCACUCGCGACAAGCAAUUUUCGAAACCAUCUUCAACAAAUCACUCCACAAUGCUCUCGUGUCACGUGGGGAACGUAGAUUUGAAUACAGUGCCCUUCAAGGAGCAAUAAUGAUCACUCUGUAUCGGGACGAGCCGCGAUUCAGUCAGCCGCACCAAAUUCUCAUAGCAUUAAUGGAUAUCGAUUCACUAAUCACGAAAUGGAGAUAUAAUCACGUUAUCAUGGUACAAAGAAUGAUCGGAUCUCAACAAUUGGGCACUGGUGGCUCUUCUGGUUAUCAAUAUUUGAAAUCCACGCUAAGCGAUAGAUAUAAGGUCUUCCUCGAUCUUUUCAACUUAUCAACAUUCCUGGUACCUCGUCAUAUGAUCCCACCACUGACGAAGCAAAUGAAGAUAAAAUUAUCAAUUGCUUGGAACGGUUGGAAUUCGGAAGAGUACCAAAAUAAAUCGGGAGUCUUAGAGAGAAACUCCUAAAUUAUUCUACGCACGACACAGCAGACUUCAUAAAAAAUUCUAACGAAAAGAGUUUUUAUUUUCUUAAUAUAGUAGUCAAUGCAAAUGCACUUAAUGCAUAUAACAAUUAAUCGAAGAUUUUUAAUUUUUAACGUAAUAUAGAGAAUAUUGAAUUACUAGAUAUCUGAAAAUUUGUUGAAAAGAUUUUCAAUAUACUGUGCAAUUCAAAAUGAAUUUAUAAUGUAAGAUUAAAAGGAAAAAUCGGGAAAAAUCGGG